AUGGCGCCGACCUCUCCUCCCCCGCAGACGCCGGGCCUGCAGCGCCCCUCGCUCGACGAGUACGACUCGGACGGGUCGCAGGCAAUGCUGCAGCAGACGCGCCGCUCGCCCAUGCACCCGCGCUCCAUCAAGUCGCCCACCUCCGAGCGCACCAGCACGCCCGCCCAGAAUUACUCGCGCCCGGCCAUCAUACACGCUACCCAGAGCCAGACGUCGCUCGUAGACCGCACCCACCUCGGCCACCGCCCGCGACAGCGCUCGCAGGGUUACUUCGAGCCCAGCCUCUCGUCCAUGCGCAACGACGGCCUCAUGUCUCCGCCGUCCCAGCACCUCACCGCCAGCCAGAUCGCUGCCCAGGCCGCGUACCAGCAGAGCGCACAGCACAUGCGGAAGCGCUCGACGACAGUACCAGCCCCCGUGGACAACAAUGCUGCUGCGCCCAGCGGUCGCAUUCAGCCCAUGAGCCCACCGCCCAUGCCCGGCAACCCCUCGAUGACGUUCAAGACGAACGGCAUGACGUACCAGCAGGGCUCCAUGGCGAACAGGUCGACCGCUGCCACCGCUGCGAAUGCUGCCUUCCCGACGAGUCCGCUCACUUCCCCGAGCUUCCAAGAGACGCAGUCGCAAGGCACGUCCGGACAGGCAUCGCCCAGCCUCGCUUCGGCGACGCCGGAGUUGGUGCUGCAGAAGGCGCCGAAGGAGAAGAGCAAGAUGAAGCUCUUCUCUUCUAAGCAGAAGAGGGUCGAGGCGGAGAAGCCAGUCGACAAGAAGCAUCAGGCGCUGCCAUCGCCAGGCAAGAUUGGCAUCGGCAUACACAGCUCGCAUGCGCUCAAUCGCGUCAUGAACCAGUCGACCACGAGUCUGCUUGACUCAGGCGUGAGCAGCAGUAGCGCGUCCAUGUACUCUUCUGCGAAUGCAUCGACGUCGACGCUUGUGCCCAAGAUCGACCCCCAUGCGCCGCACGAGAAAGAGAAGCACAAGCACCACUUCUUGUCGCGGACGAAGGCUAAAUUGAAAGACAAGGAUGAUCAUGCAUUGCCGUUGUCCUCUGUGAACAGCACAUCUCGGCCUACCAACCCGAACGCGCCCGAAUCGCUGUACAACUUUGCACCAUCCUCGCCGCUACCUGGCAGCUCGUUCCCUAGCUCAGUAACAGGACUGGACCUUCGGCACGGCGGCCGCGGACUGCGAGAAGCAAAGAAGAACGCUAAAGCCGCAGCAUAUCUUGGAGAUGCCCUGGACGCGGGCUAUCGCGACCAACGCCCUUCCUUUAGCACCGAGCGCUCAGAGUGGCCUUCUCUGGCGAGCAGCCUAAGCAACACACCCGGCGUCCCCAUCCCCGGCACCGCCAUCCCCCACACAGCUGAAAUGCUAAACCUAGGAUCGUCUUUUGGCAUCAACGGGCUUUCGCCAGACGAUGCGUGGCCCUUGCUGAAAGCUCGGGUGUUGCUGAUAUUCGAGGGUGAGGAUCCAAGGCCGCCGGUCGAAGACUUCAAUGCGCUUGUCACUGUGCACAUAAAGCGCUGCAUCCACAAGCGCUCGCCUAUCCUGCUCAUCGAAGACUUGAACGAACUGCUGUACACCGGCUUCGGCUCGCUAGACCAGACUCUCCAACACGUCCCCGACGAGCGCCUGAUCCCACACCUGGUCGAAAUGUGGCUCGUAGUAUUCACCACCAUCCUCUCCUUCCUACAAGCAGUCUUCCUCCCGCUCGACCUCGAAUUCCGCGGCACAGGCAUCAUGUCCAGCCUCCAAGCCAGCGAGUUCUGGGGCUCGCCCACACACAAAAACAUCCCCAUCCUCGGCGAGCUCGAAGUCAGACGCAUCACGCUCCUCAUCCUGAUGGCAAUCUUUUCGCGUCUAUCUCUCGAGAACUUGAACGCUGGCUUGGAGUCUCCGAGUCCGAUCCCCGACGCACGACCAGGUACGGCGUCCAGCGCUUACAGCACAAACGCUACGUCUCACUCGAGCACGGGGUAUCUCGAAUCUACAUCCUCCUCCCUCCCACCCUCUGGCCGUUCCCGCGCCACCAGCAACACAUCAGCUGGCUCCUUCUCUUCAAACCCACACUCCCACCCCUCUACCCUGCACCCACCGACUCCCCUCCCCACGAGCUUACGCCCGCAGCCCAUGGACUCCGCGAAAGUCACCGAGACGGUGGGACGCAUGCUGCAAUGCAUUUCUGUGCUUGUCUCGCUGCAAAGCGGCGACGAGAGUCAGGAGAAGAUGGCGAGGAUGAGUAAGGAGUUGAAGUACAAUUGGCUCGGCCGUGGGCGCACCGGUAGGCAGCGACAGGGAUUUGUGGGGCCGAGGAGGGGUGGGGGGUUGCCGCUGGGGAGUCUGAGUUUGAAUUUGCCGGAGGAGGUCGAGGUCGGUGCAUGAACAGAUAUCACGAAAACAGUCGUUGCUUCUCGAGGCGUUCAGGUGUUCACAAAGUUAGAGAAGCGUCUAGAAUGAGUUCAUGGCGCUUAUUAGGGACGGUUGGUUUCUCGCUUUCGUUUUGUACAUAUAACGAACCCCUUGAGAUCUAUUCAUUC